UCAUAGUUUGCGAACCGUUCAGUUCGGCGCCUGGACUCUCUAGUGUUUACAGUCACUACAUUUUAGUGCUACAAUGGCCAACAGAGGACCACCUGACUUCAUCACUAAUGGUCUUCAGGCGGCAGUUCUAGAAUGGAUUAGAUCUCUGGACUUAGAGCUUGUAAGCAUCUUACUGGCAAGGAGUUGGCCAUUGUCAAUAUUAGAUAGUAGCGAACCUCGAUGGAGACCUACUGAAGUCACAGAUACCGAUAAUGUUGUACGACUGGAUAGGAGGCAAAGAUUGCUUAGAUGGGAUAGAAGACCGCCAAAUGAGAUAUUUUUAGAUGGAUUUGUUCCAAUUGUGACAAGAGAGUACCCAGAUUGGGAAGAGACGGACUUGUAUGGUUUUGCAAAAAGUAACCGCCCUUCCUUCUUUGUUUCAACUACAAAAACACAAAGAAACAAAAAAAAGUAUGUUUGGACACCUAGAAGUGCCAACCGCGGUAUAGUAUAUCAAUACGAAAUUUAUGCUCCGGGAGGAGUCGAUGUCAAUGAGUCUUUAUUGCAUGAAUCACCUUGGCCUAAUCAAAUGGAGGUUGCGUUUCCUGGAGGAAUACAAAAUAUAUAUAUAAGAUCAGCAAGAGAACUUCAGGACGGACGAAUCCAAAGAAUUUGGAUAAAUCCAAAUUUUUUGGAUCCCGGCGAAUUAGAACCCAUUGCUUCUUCUUCAAGAACGCCUAAUGUUAUAUGGAGAGCAAACCACCCUGAUGGUGAUCAUAAGGAUUCUGAAGGUCGCUCUAAGAGAUCAGCAAGCUUCGAUGAUGACUUAAUGUAUGGCGGUGCCGGUGGCGUAGAAGAGGAUACAUUUGGUGAUGAGAUUGAUAACCCUAAACCAUUUCCAGACGGUGAAUUUACUAUUGAAAGUAUCAAAGAUAAUAAUUUCUUUUUGGACUUAACUCAAAAUGAAUCAGGUGGAAUUAUUCACAGUCACAUAUAUAAUGGCGGGGAAAAUCAAAUAUGGAUAUUGAAUUAUGAUGAAAAUAAAAAGGGUUACAAAAUAAAGAGUAAACAAAAUCCCAGUCUAUUGUUGAGUUGGAAUAGUAAUGAUACUUCUAGAGAAAAAAUUCUUCGAGGAUAUAUAGAGAGUAGUAGCAGGAACCAAUACUGGAGAAUUGAACAGGCCAAUGAAUAUUUUAGAUUUAGGAAUCUUGAAAAUCCACCGGUGAUUAUAACAGUUCAGAAUAAAACAAGUAACUAUGGAGGAAAAGAACUUACUGUGCAAACAGAACCUGGUGAUGAAAGAAACUCUCAGUUAUGGAAAAUUAAACCUAUGUCUUAUCAGCCGGUCGCAAAUGGCGAUUAUUAUAUGUUCAAUCGCGAUCUUUCUGAUAAAGUUGUUGAUUUUAGUAAUCAAGAAGAUUCCUUGAUUCAUGGUCAUACCUUUAUGGAUAAUGACAAUCAAAAAUGGAACUUUACUUACGAUAGCGGCAAGCAAGCUUAUAAGAUAAGGAGCUGUCGAAAAGCAAAUCUUUUUUUGAGCUGGAACGCUUCUUCAACGGAAAAGGUUCUUCGAGCAUUUACAGAAAGCGGUAACAAGGACCAGUAUUGGCGCAUUGAACGGACCGCUGAUGAGUCUUUUAUAUUUAGGAAUCUGGAGAAUUUAAGUUUGAUUUUCAUGCUAAGCAAAGAAGAUAGUCCAUAUGGUGGAUUAAAUCUAAUAGUACGUGAUUCUAACGAUGAUACUAAUUUCUAUUCGUAUUGGAAAAUCAAACCCAUCUUUUAUCAAUACAUUCCAGACGGCGAUUAUCAUAUAUUCAAUCAUAACUUCCCAGAUACUCUGAUUGAUUAUACUAAUCAAGAGGGUGCUUUGGUUCAUGGUCAUAACUAUUUCGGGAAUAAUAACCAAAAGUGGUCAUUUGUCUUUGAUGGAAAUGAAAAAGCUUAUAAAAUAAAGAGCGGUGUAAGUUCAGAUCUUCUGUUAACCUGGGAUAGCAAUGCUGCAUCUAAGGAAAUGGUUCUUAGAGCAUAUACAGAGAACAAGAAUAUGAGCCAAUUUUGGCGCCUUGACAAAUUAAAUAACGGAUCAUACAAACUCAAGAAUCGAAAUGACUAUGAAAAGAUAAUAGCUUUAACUAAUAAUGAUAGCCCGUAUGGAGGUAGAGAGUUGUUAGUAUCGAGUACUGUGGAAAGCGGAAACAAUUGGUACCUUAAAAGAAUAGGGGAAGUGGCUUUACCAAAUGGGAAGUUUAGAAUCGCAACUAAACUAAAUUACAAAAAAGUUGUUGAUUUUGAUCAUAAAUACAAUUUAAUUAUUAUUGAUAAUCUUAACCUUGCUACUAGCGAAUGGGAAAUCAAUUACGACUCAAGCUAUAAAGCGUACAAUAUACAUUCUGCAGACACCUUAAAUAUAGGAUGGAUAUAUCAAAAUAAAAACUUUUUUGUCAAGGUGGAUAAUAUAGACGGCCCUGAUAGUAGGGACGCAAGAUAUUAUUGGACUAUAGAAUAUAGCAUCCAACAUGGGUGCUAUAUGAUAAGAAGUUAUCACGAGCCCUCUCAUGCAGUGGGUUAUUCUGACAAUAAUUCAGUGGUAACUGAUACAUCAACAUACUCCGAUAAUCAAUUAUUUCAUUUUAUUCCACUAAACAAAUAGAUAUAUAGUCAAUACUUAUUAUAAUGUAGUUAGUAAUAAGACUGUCUAUUGAAUUUCAAUAGAAAGUAGAAAAAGCAAACAAUAUUUUAAAUGGGUACAUUAUCUUUUACCUAUAGCAAUACCGAUCGAGACGUUGUUUACAAUUUGAGUACCGUUACAGUAUCCACAUACAUUUUCUCAGCGUUUAACUUUAUCUUUUACCUCAAUUUAAUAGAUUUAUUUCAAUCGAAAGCAAUAUUUUUUUAAAGCCAUAAAACAAAGAGUUUUAACAAUAUUUACAAUCGACUUGGCACUUGACAGAUGGUUGCUGAUACUGAUGGAUACUUGAUAGCAAAGAAAAUUUGUUUAAACGUCGGAGUUUGAUUUUUACUAGAUAUUAUGUUUGUAGCCUAGACUAACCUAGCCUAAUUAUGUUCAUCGUCUGAUGUAAAGAAUAAGGUAAGAUUAUUUUACUAUCUAUUGAAAUUUAGUGAAUUUAUUUUAAAUUAUGCUGCGUAUAGUCUUGUAUGCUUUAUUAUGAUUUUUGCCAAUAGUUAUUUUUUAUACUAAUAUUAAUAUUUUAGAUAUAGCGGUAAAACGCUUGGCUCAUAGAUGCAGCCCUGUGAAACACAGCAGCGAUAAUCCAGAUUUAUGCAUUUACUUAUAUAAUAUAAAUUGUACUUAGUUUUAAGAUUUUAAAAUAGAAUUAAAAUGAUUUUGUAAUUGAAAUU